GAGAGCCCAGCCUUCUUUGCUGGUGCCACAGCUGAGCUCGCUGAGUCAGACUGACUUCCAGCAACACUGCGACUCAUGAAAAUCUGACACCACACAAACUCCAGACUCUACUUGGAUUCAAGAUCCAGAAAAGUUGAGCCGGUUGAGUCCUCCAGAAAGUGUUGGACGUCAGAGGACCUGAAGCUGGUCGAGAUCGAGUUUACUUAAGACUGAAGAGCAGCAGGUUGCUGAGAAGAAGCUCUAAAACACUACAGGCAAAUAUUUUGUGCAAAGAUGCAGGAGGCAGGCUUCUUCACCCAAAAGAAAGCAGCAGUAUUACUUUGCAUUGUGGUGCUCGUGCUGUCUCAGCAGGUGUGUGCAGGUCCAUUGAUCCCGCAGGAACAGUCCAGCUCUGACCAGAAGGCAGAUUCAAGCGUUCACACGCUGAGGAGGAUCGCUCGGAUGACCCCGCUGUGGAGGAUCAUGAACAGUAAACCAAUUGGAGCUUAUUGCCAGAACAACUAUGAAUGCUCCACAGGAUUCUGCAGGGCAGGACACUGCUCCACUAGGAACCAUUCAUCCUCAGAGCCUGUGAACUACUAGACGUCCCAGAAAAACAACCAGCGUGUUUACAUGAGUGUACAGCCAUAAUCCUUGAGAAAGGUUCUCUUAACUGAGAUUAUGCACAUAUUCAGGAUUUUUUAAAAAUCGGUUUUAUAUUUGUAUGUGCCAAUAUAUUGCUGAUGAUAUUUAAAAUGCAUUAACACAGUAGGUAUAUCCAAGAAAAGGCAUGUCACUGCUCCACAUGAUAUAUGUAAAACGGUACAACUUAAGAUAGAAAGUGGGCUAAGGCAAUGGGGUAAAGUGCAAAAAUGGAAGAGGGGAGUCAUAUAGCCUUUUAUACUUGAUAUUUUCCAUGAUGGGUGCAAACAACUGAAAACACUUGUUUCAUACUGCUAUGGACCAAAAUAUUUCUGAUCUCAGAGCUGCGACUUUGUGAUUCAAAAUGAAAACAAAAGUAGUAUUUUCUUUCAUUUCUUAGGCUCUGCCAGUUACUGUGGCCUUCAGAUUAUCAAAUAUGAUGUCUGCAUAGCUUGAUUACAAAGUUUCAUUGGCAAAAGCUUGUUGUUUCACUGAUAUCAUGACGCCUUAGGCCAGACAGUUUAAAGAACUGUCUGACCGAUGAUGAUGGAUGAAGCGUUGCAAGGCACAGGGAAGACUGUGAGCAAUUUUAGAAGCUCCUGACCUUCACAUUUUUCCACAUGUCGUCAUUUCUGUCCUGUAUUGUGUUUAACAACUUAUCACUUGACUGUGUGCAUAAAGUCUUAUCAUUCCACUGAUAAUGUGCCAAAUGGAAACACAUGUUUCCCUAUACCCCCAAGAGGAAUCAUUAAGUUCUAUUUGCAACUGUACUGUUGGAGAGGCUGCCAUCAUUGUUUUCUGAUUUUUUUAUGGAAACAAUUAUUUUUUUAAAUUACACAUAUUUAAGUCAAGUCAAAUGUAUUUAUGCAGUGCAAAAUUAUGACAAAGGUUACCUCAGGACACUUUGUUAAGAGCAGAUGUUGCACGAUACCCUUUAAUUUAAUUUACACAGAGACCCAACAAUUCCCCCAUGAGCAAGCAAUUAUCUGUAUUGUAUUAUAUUAUAUUAUUAUUUUAUCCAACUGAAUGUGCAUGAAACAUGAAACCCCCAACAGACAAACAAAGCAACCAAACAGAAUUUUAACUAUUUAAAACUUGCUGGUAUCACAGUCGACUGUUGGAGGCAAAAUGUGUUCAGAAGCAGAAAAGGCUAAAGCAAAGCAUUAAAGCGGGAGCAAAAAGCAAAGAGAAAAUAAAAGAAAAAGGAAAGAGAAGGAGCAGACGUUACAAAAUAUUGAUGCAACAUUAAUCAUUUCACAAGUUAGAUCUAAAGCAGGCAGAGCUCCUUGUCAGAAUUUCCAAAGUUAGUUAUGCUGACAUUAUUCAUAAUAUAUGUAAUGCAUGCAUACUGAUUUGGUGUAAUGUGGUGAUUCUCGUAUUUUAUUUAUUUUACCCUAUGUUUAAAAAUGUCAAAAAUGUACCCAUUUACAUCAUUUUAUUUAGUAUUUUUAUAUAGUAUUUGUUUAUGAAAUUUAAUGGUUGUAAGAGAAUCAUUCUGACUGCAUUUCUUUCUGUAAUGGAUGACCAAUUUAACAAAUCUCUUGGCCGAGUGUACAAGUAUUAGUAAGAGAUUCAUGAUAACAAGCUGCACAAGUUUGGUUUUUUUUCACAUCCAUCUCUACAUAUUGAGAAGCGAUCGUAGAUUUUGCUUCGACUCGCCUGCAGAGUUUCCAUCAUGCACAGAGCAGGUGGUUGCUGAUAUUUUGUACACUCGGCAUAUUUGAGAAAAGGUUGAGUAGGAUUGCACUUUUAAACCCAAAUUAUCUCUGUACUGUGUACUGUCUACUGUAUGUAAUAUAUUACUUACAUGUAGAAGGCGGGAGAAAAGGCGGAAUAAAAGCUUUGCAAAAAACA